UUUAUAUAUUUACGUAGUUUCGCCUUUCUAAAAGCAAUUGAGUAGGGUUGCUCUUGCGCCGAUCGAUCGAUUGAUCUUUGAUUUUCCCUUCGAUCUGUUAGUGGAGGGUUCCAAUGGAGAGGAUCAGAAGAGCGGCUCAUGCGGGAUCCUGGUACACCGACAACGGCAAGAAACUAGAUGAGGAUCUUGAGAGAUGGCUCCUGGCAACUCACCUGACGAAAUCUCCCGAUGUUAGAGGUGUAAUUGCUCCGCAUGCUGCCUACUCGUAUUCAGGCCGUUGUGCAGCUUUUGCAUUUGCUAACAUCGACCCUGAGAGCAUUGAACGAGUUUUUCUACUUGGUCCGUCGCACCAUUAUUAUACUCCAAGAUGUGCCCUUACAAGAGCUACCAUUUAUAGCACACCUUUGGGAGACUUGCAAGUUGAUACGCAAGUAAAUGAUGAGCUUAAGGCAACAGGAAAGUUUGAGCUUAUGGAUCUUCAUGUAGAUGAGGCAGAGCAUAGCAUGGAAAUGCAUUUACCUUACCUUGCUAAAGUGUUUCAUGGUUAUCCUGUGAAAGUUGUCCCCAUUUUGGUCGGUGCUCUUAACACAGAAAAUGAAGCCAUGUAUGGACAAUUGCUUGCGAAGUAUGUGGAUAAUCCCAAGAAUUUCUUCUCUGUGUCAUCUGAUUUUUGCCACUGGGGCUCUAGGUUCAACUAUACAUACUACGACAAGGAGCAUGGCCCUAUUUAUAAAUUCAUCGAGGCCUUGGACCACCUAGGCAUGGACAUCAUCGAGACGGGAGACACGAAUGCAUUCAAACAAUACCUAAAGGACUACGGCAACACAAUCUGUGGACGCCAUCCUAUCAGCAUCUUCCUCCAUAUGUUGAAGAACUGCUCGGCUAAGAUCAAAAUUGGUUUCGUGCAAUAUGAGCAAUCGAGCCAGUGCAAGAGCGCACGAGAUAGCAGUGUUAGCUAUGCCUCUGCGGCUGCCAAGUUAGAUGACUGAUUUGUCUUUGAUGGCCAGUUAAUGUCGUUAGUCUAAUUUAUGAUAUAUUUACGGCGAAAGGCAUGAAUGUUGCUGCUUCAUGAAGCUAAAUCUAUUCUUGCAGUAUGUCCCUUUCCAUGCUGUGUAAUUCGAUAGUUUUCAUGUUGCUAUCGAAAAACAUAGAUUAAAAGGAUUAGGUUGUCAAUAACUACAAGAGAACACUAAGGAUGAAAGGUGUCGAACAAUCUUAUUGUACAAUCCGUGUAACCUGGAUGUGUACGAUUGUUUCACAAGGAAAGCAGCUUCAUCGAAUGGCUUUUCUUA